GCUCGCGCCCCAUGCUGCAGGUAGUAACCCCUCCCCCUCCGUCCUGCAGCUUCAAACACAAUAACCUCCGCCGCCGUUCCUUCCCCGGACACGCCGGCCGCCUUCCCCCGGGCUCUGCCUCGCUGCUCCGGCCACAGCAGGUAUGUUCCGAUUGGCUGCCUGCACUCGACCUCUGACCUGAGUGUGACCUGCUCUUGCUGAUGUUUGAAGGGUGGAUAGAUGGGCAGGAAUCCUGGGAUUACACAGCAGAGGAUUUUGGGAAUGCUGGGAAUUGUGCGUGUGGAAUAUUCAGCCUGUAAACAGAUGCUCAUUAAGACUGUGAAGCCUUUUAAUCCCUGAAAUACUGAAGUGAGAAAUCUUAGAUAACUGAUACAUGUCAGGCGUUCAGAUGAUUUAUUGUUUUUUACGUUUUAUUGGAGGCUAACGUUCCUGUUUGACUUCACGUCCUUCGUUUCUGGAUACUUUUAUCUCCGCCCCCCUCUUGGCUGGAGGAAAUGGAUCAAUCUGCACUGAAGCGAGAAUACGCGACAGGAAGUUGAUCCCUACAGGGAGCGAGGACGAGAACAAACUGGGAAUAUGUCGUGGAAGAGGAACUACUUUGCAUCAGGCAGCAGUGGAAGUGGAGUCAGCGGAGGAGGAGGCGGGGCUGGGACGCAGGGAAUCCUGACACCUCGCACCAUGACGUCCAUCGCUCCCAGCAAAGGGCUGAGCAACGAGCCGGGACAGAACAGCUGCUUCCUGAACAGCGCUCUGCAGGUCCUCUGGCACCUCGACAUCUUCCGCCGCAGUUUCCGUCAGCUGACCACCCAUAAGUGCAUGGAGGACUCGUGCAUUUUCUGCGCUCUGAAGAGCAUCUUUGCUCAGUUCCAGUACAGCAGCGACAAAGUUUUGCCGUCCGACGCGCUCCGCAGCGCGCUCGCCAAAACCUUCCAGGACAAGCAGCGGUUUCAGCUCGGCAUCAUGGACGACGCUGCGGAGUGCUUCGAAAACAUCCUGAUGAGGAUCCACUUCCACAUCGCAGACGAGACCAAAGAAGACAUCUGCACAGCCAGACACUGCAUCCCCCACCAGAAGUUCGCCAUGAUGCUCUUUGAGCAGUGUGUGUGCAGCAGCUGUGGAGCCUCCUCAGAUCCUCUGCCCUUCAUUCAGAUGGUCCACUACAUCUCCACCACCUCCCUGUGUAACCAGGCAGUGAAGAUGUUGGAGUCGAGGGAGAAGGCGACCCCGGGCAUGUUCGGGGAGCUGCUACGUAACGCCAGCAUGGGGGACCUGCGCAACUGUCCUAGUCAGUGCGGUCAGCAGCUGCGGAUGGCUCGCGUCCUCCUCAACAGUCCGGAGAUCAUCACCAUCGGCCUGGUGUGGGACUCGGAUCACUCGGACCUGGCCGAGGACGUCAUCCACACCCUGGGAACCUGCCUGCGCCUCGGGGAUCUGUUCUACAGGGUGACCGAGGAGAAGGCUCGGCAGUCCGAGCUCUACCUGGUCGGGAUGGUGUGCUACUACGGGAAACAUUACUCCACUUUCUUCUUCCAGACUAAGAUCCGCCGGUGGAUGUACUUUGAUGACGCACACGUCAAAGAGAUCGGGCCCAAGUGGAUCGACGUGGUCUCGCGCUGCAUCAAAGGUCACUACCAGCCGCUGCUACUGCUGUACGCCGACCCGCGGGGGACGCCGGUGUCUGCGCACGACCUGCCCUCGCGCCUCGACCUCCACCACCUCAACAAGGCCUGUUACGACAGCGAAGACUCGGGCCGCGAGCCGUCGAUCUCCAGCGACACUCGCACCGAUUCGUCGACGGAGAGCUACUCGUACCGACAGCCCUCCCACUCGCACCAUGAGUCCCUGGCCAGUCGCUACUCCUCCGACUCCCAGGGAACCGUCAUCUGCACCGACCGCCCAGACGGAGCCCUGCACGCCUCGCUCUGCAGCCUGGAUACCGUAGGCCACGCGACGGACGGCGAGCAGCAUCAGCCUCCGAGGAAAGGAGGCGUGGCCGGGGAUAGGAGGCGGAGCGCUAGCCGCCACCGGCGGUCUAAACCCGAGAACGAAGCGUCGUCGGCUGGUUACCACAGUGAGGGCGAGACGUUAAAGGAGCAGCAGGUUCCUCGUCACCUUCCCAAACCUUCGUCUUCCUUCUCAUCAUCGACCAGCCGCCUGCGAGACUUCAAGGAGACCAUGAGCAACAUCAUCCACAGCCGACCCGUCUCCUCCUCCUCCUCCACCUCUCUGCCGGCCGCCGGCUUCUCCUCUGAAAUCGCCCCCUCCUCGAGCAGCAGCCAUCACCACCACCUCCCUGCCAGCAGCGCCGCUCCUUCCUCCUCCUCCUCCGCUGGGAAAGCUCAGGACUGGGAGGCCGACAGCACCAGCAGCGAGUCAAAGUCCAGCUCCUCCGGGGGAACAGGGAGGUACCGGCCGGCUUGGAGGCCCCGGAGGGAGGCGCUCAACAUCGACAGCAUCUUUAACCGCGAGAGGCGGAGGCAGGCGGGGUACAGCCCCCUCGGAGCGGCGCUGCUCGACGACUGUGGAGCUCAGGACGCCUCCUCGGUGACGCCUGUCCAGACAGGCUCCUCCAGGACUCUCCCCGCCUCCUUCUCCAGCAGCCACAGAGGAGGUGUAGCUGGACCGGGAGGUGAGAACGAAGGAGCGGGAGGAGCCGUGCUGUCUCCCGCUGCUCCUCCUGCUGCUCCGCCCAGGCUGAUCCAGAGGAUGGAGAGCGGCUACGAGAGCAGCGAGAGGAACAGCAGCAGCCCGGUCAGCCUGGACCUGAACCUGGGAGACAGGGAGUGUGUGGUGAGGAAGGCUUUGUCGUCCUCUUCCUCCUCAGGACCCUCGUGGAGGAACGCCCGCUCGAAGAGCAGCGGCGCUUUGCUGCAGGAGCUCAGCUUGUCCAGCAGGGGGAGCCUCGCGCCCUCUGCAGGCCGCAGCGAGCUGGACGAGCUGCAGGAGGAGGUUUCUCUCGUUAUGUGGCGUUUGUCUCGUGCUGCGAGUCGGGAAGGAGUCCGUGAAAACACAAAGUUUAACGAUGUGUGCGUCUUCCUCUUUUGCUCUGCAGGUAAAUCGGACACUUACGAGCGGUGCGUGUCAGAGGCGGAGCUCCUGCUGGACCAGUCGAUGCGUCUGGAGCAGGCAGGCGAGGUCGCCGCCGCGCUGUCAGCUGUCAAUGAAGCUGUCUCCAAACUGCGGCCGGUGGUGGCUGAGGGUGGAGCUAGUAGUCACAGCCGGCUGCAGCGCUGCAUGAGGAGAGCCCGCAGCCUGCAGCAGCGCAUGCAACUGCUGCAGCAACAACAACAGGACUCAGAGGCAGGCAGAGAGAAACCGUCGCAGCAGCAGGAGGAGCAGCAGCUCCAGGAACAGCACAGGUACCGCUGCAGCCCGAUCAGCCAAUCAGAACGCACCAGCAGGUGGCGCCCUGUUACCUUCUGUGUAUUAAACCUUGUUAUUCCUGACGUGAAUCUCUUACAACGUGAGGGGAGAACGCAGUCAUUCAGCAGCGUGCACGCAGACAUGGUCAUGGCGUCACCCCCAGACUUGCAUCUCAAAGAUACAAGCCCCUCCCCCAUGUUUGUUGUUGUUUGCUCUUGUUUCAUGUGUGUUUUUCUUCAUCACAUUAACAUGUUUUCAUUUCUCCCCCCUCCCUUUGUUUUCUCACUGACGCCUCCACCUUCACUCCUCCCCCCCCUGAAGGACCCCUCUGUGUCCAGACCCCCCCUCAGACAUUCUUCCUCCUCCUCUUCCCUCCUGCGUCGCUCCAGCUCCUCUACCCUGCACCCCCCCUCCUCUCCCUCCUUCACUGCAGACCACUCCCACCAGCCCCGACUCCACGGCCCCUCUCCUCCUGCACAGCACCCCCCCACGCAGACAUCACAGCCCCCCAGCUCCAGGCCCUCCUCCUGGGGACACUCAGGAGCUGGUGCGAGCGUCCAGCAGCACGUUCUGGUUGUGCCUGACCGGCGUCCGACUCUUUCAGCUCACGGCGUCCCGCUGAGUUACGGCACGCUGCCUCGAGCUCCUCGCCGAGCCCCACCUCCCUCCACCUCCUCCCUCCCCAGGCCCAGAGCUGGCACCGGCCCCGCCUCCCCUCUGGGACAGCAGAGCCUCUACGCCACCAUGCUCCGCCCUCGUCGUUCCGCCGCCAGCGCCAACGGCCACUACGAGCACCCCUCAUUGGGCUACGCCCCCCACCACCUCAGAGCGUCAGAUGGCCCCGCCCACCCACUCCGUCUGGACAUCCCCCCAGACGGCGACUGGCGACGCGAUGCCAACUCCAGGACGGUCCAGCCCAGCUUCUCCUGGGACGCCCGCCUCGCUCGCCACCCGCAGCCUCCUCGGCCCCGCCGGCCCCCCCAGCUCUGCUCGCUCUGCCAGCAGCUUCCUGCCGAGCCGGCGCGCUCCUGCUGCUCCUCGUGCGGCGCCUACGUGGCUCGGUUCCGGCCGGCCAGCUGAUCGGACCACAGCGAGAGUUUUACUGCAAAUGUGACUCGCCGACAUCGUGACGGCGCUUAAACGCUGUGUGUGCGGCGUGAUGAUGUCACUUUGGAGUAAAACUCCUGGAUUGGCUCUGCAGCGUCGCCCUCUCAUCCUCACUUCUUCAUCACGGAUCUCCUGCUGCUCCGCUCGCCUCGCCGAGCUCACGCACACCAACACGUCUCUGACAUCACGGAGCUCCGAGCAGCGACCUGCUGUCUGCUCGGCCCUGAACUCUGAUUGGACAGAAGGAACGAGCGGCUUGGUUUGAGAGCUGAAGCACGCUCGAGGUCCUGAUCUUAGAGAAAUGUUUGAUAACUUCUGUAAAGCUCAAAUUCAGACGCGCUGCUUGUAACUUAAACGCUAACAAACGGUUGCGAUGCCUGGCGUGGGUUCCCCUGCUAUCACGUGAGCGCCCCCCGGUGGACGCCAGCGUUAUAACUUCUCUGCUCCUGACCGUCUUCAGAGGAGCGUCCCCAACGAGCCGGCGCAGUUUGCAUUAACCUUUUUUUUUUAGUCUGUUUGGAGGUUUUAACUGAAAACUGUCAAAUAUACGGUCCGCGGGCCAGAAACGGGCCGCCAAAGCCGGCGCUGUGGUCCACCUGUAUGAAAACGACGAGGGCUUCAGCUUGUUCACAGUGACGGGUGGAUGCUGGCUCACGGGUGUAGGACUUUCUUCUGUUGGUCCAGUUGAUCAGCUUUGAUUGGAGCAUCAGUUCGCGGGUCGUGGCGCUGACGCGUGGAAGCCCCUCCUCCUGGUGAUUCUUGUAGUUGUGUGUAGACGAACUAACCUGAGCGUGCUCACCUGUCGCAGCCCGGCUCGUUUCUCUUCUCUAGAUUAUCGUAGAAGAAUAACCGCAGCUUUGUUUGAGCAGCUAAUAUUUAGCAUGUCUUCACCUGUCGCAGGUGUUCGUGUGCUGCCGUGGUGACGUUUGUUAGCGCGGUAGCUCGACCGCUUUUAGCGCACUUCACAAGUGUUACGAUAGACGUUUCUCUCGCUCGUUGCCGAUUUCUUUCGACAUCCCUCCCAUUUAUUUGGGGGAGGAGCCUCCCUUAAUUUUCUUGCUCCGAUUGGCUCGUUAGACUUUCUGCCCAGACCGGCACUGGCUCCGCCCACCUGGUGCUCCAGGUGAGCUGGGAGCUAAAGGUUGAUGUUUCAGAUGAAGUUAUUUUUGCAUCACGUUUGCUUUGCCACAGUGGAUUCUGAUUUUGUUGGUAUAUUUUUGAUGCUUAUUUUUCUACGCUGUAGAGUGAACGAAUAAAAUGUUUAAAGGAAAAA